AUGCAUUACAUUCGCUUUCUAAAGACGCCCAAGAUACAUGUCGACAAGGGCGCCGUCCUGCUCAAGGCCGUGGUAACCGUCACCACCGAUCUGGGCGAGACGUUCUACCCGGACGAGCUCGAUCUCGUCGUCACGCUGCGCGCACAUGAGGAGGAUGGGGAGAUAUUUCUGAGGAAGAAGGCGCAUUGGCAGGCGGGUCCUCGAUCGCUUGGGCUUGUCUUUGAUCUUUCGAGACAGGAUAUUGAGUACCCGGCGUGUGUCCAUGUUGCGGUGAAGAAUCAGAAGAACUAUGGCUUCUUGCCCCCUAUCGCGGAUGUGUGGAGUGGGACACUGAAUCCUACCAAGGGGCGUUUCGAGACGGGGCAUAGGGUUGAGAGGAGGUUCACAUCACUUUCGGAAAGACGAGUGUCGCUGCUGGAGGAUGCCGGGGACAGUAUAGCCAGGCAUCUCUGGGAUGGAAGUCAAGCCCUCGCACAGCACAUCGACCGGACGAUUUCUCUCGACAAUCCUUCCACCCUACCCCUGUUCGAGUACGUUCUGAUAUCGGCGACGUACCGCAAGCUGAAUGUCAUCGAGCUUGGCGCUGGAUGUGGGACCGUCGGCAUCAGCAUCGCCCAGUCGAUACCGGAUUGUGAUAUCCUCCUCACGGAUCUACCAGAAGUCACAGAGCUCGUCGAAGCCAACAUCGCGCGCAUGAAGCCUGCCAUGUCGUCGAGAGUACGGUUUGAACCCCUGGAUUGGCUUGCGCCGUUGCCGGAGAAGCUCCAGACCAGGACGAACGACCUGAUCGUAGUGUCAGAGUGCACUUACAACACAGAUACCCUCGAACCGUUGGUGGGCAUGCUCGUCUCGCUAGUUACCCGCUCUCCCAAAGCCGUCAUCGUCGUAUCGACUAAGACCAGACACGACAGUGAAGCGGCCUUUUUCGACCUCAUGAAGAACGCCGGCUUCAUCGACGAGGGAAGUAUGCGCUUGCCUCUCCCUGGACAGCCCGGAACGGGAUACGCAGACUGGGCGACAGACGUCGGCAUGCAUCUUUUCCGCGGAAGGGACCAUCGACUCAGUCUCUCGCCACGGAAUGGCAGUGAGGAGGAGGUUCCCAAGGCGGCGAGUGCGAAGAGGGCUCGAUCACGUUGA